AUGGCGGAGCUGAGCCGGCUGGAGUGGCUGGAGCGGCGUGUGCGGGAGCUGGAGGAGGAGCUGGCCCGGGAGAAGGGCGGGCGGCGGGCGCCGCGGGCCCGCAUCGAGAGCAUGAGCCCGGAGGUGACGGACUCCAACCCCUACAGUCGCUUGAUGGCAUUAAAAAGAAUGGGAAUUGUCAAAGACUAUGAGAAAAUCCGUACCUUUACAGUUGCAGUAGUAGGUGUAGGGGGUGUUGGCAGUGUGACUGCUGAAAUGUUGACAAGGUGUGGCAUUGGUAAGCUGCUUCUGUUUGAUUAUGACAAAGUGGAAUUGGCAAACAUGAACAGGCUCUUCUUCCAACCUCAUCAAGCUGGAUUAAGUAAAGUGCAAGCAGCAGAGCAUACUUUGAGGAAUAUUAAUCCUGAUGUUCAAUUUGAAGUACAUAACUACAACAUCACAACACUGGACAACUUUGAACAUUUCAUGGAUAGAAUAAGUAACGGUGCACUAGAGGAAGGGAAGCCUGUCGAUCUUGUUCUAAGCUGCGUGGACAACUUUGAAGCUCGCAUGGCAAUUAACACGGCCUGCAAUGAACUUGGACAAAUCUGGAUGGAAUCUGGAGUGAGUGAAAACGCAGUGUCAGGACACAUACAGCUGAUCAUACCUGGUGAAUCUGCUUGUUUCGCGUGUGCUCCUCCACUUGUAGUUGCUGCAAAUAUUGAUGAGAAAACAUUAAAACGAGAAGGAGUUUGUGCAGCUAGUCUUCCUACAACUAUGGGUGUUGUGGCAGGAAUGCUUGUACAAAAUGUUCUGAAAUACCUGCUAAAUUUUGGUACUGUGAGUUAUUAUCUUGGUUACAAUGCGAUGCAAGAUUUCUUUCCAACUAUGUCUAUGAAGCCAAACCCACAAUGUAGUGACCAAAAUUGCAGAAAACAGCAAGAAAAUUAUAAGAAAAAAGAAGCUGCACAACCAAAACAAGAAGUAAUUGAACAGGAAGAAGAAAUAGUACACGAAGACAAUGACUGGGGCAUCGAAUUAGUAUCAGAAAUUUCAGAAGAUGAGCUGAAGGCUGCAUCUGGUCCAGUACCUGAGCUUCCUGAGGGAAUUACUGUAGCAUAUACUAUCCCAAACAAGGAAGAGAAUUUGAUAACUGAGGAAACGGUAGCAGAGUCUGAAGAAAGCCUAGAAGAACUCAUGGCCAAAAUGAGAAACAUGUAGCAGAACAAAUAUUAAGUACAACUUCUGGGAGUUUGAAUUGACAUUGGAUUUUGAGAAGACCAGACUUUUUUUUUACCUCCACUGAAGCUCAUCUUACAUUUUUGAUGAAGUGGAACUGUUAAAAAACUGGUGUGUUGUUUUUUUCUUUUUUUUUAAACUUCCCUGUUUCUAUCAAUGUUUUACUACUGCUUGUUCUUAAAUAGCUACCUGUAUGUUUUGUAUGUAUGUGACAAUGCUUUGAGUAUGCUGCAACAAGGCAGUGUCUCUUGUUAGUAGAUGAUUAUACCAGGAGACUGGGUAUUAGCAUGUCACUGUUUCAGCUGGCAGAUGCUUCUCAUGACAAAAUCUGUAAGAAUUGCCAGCAACAUUGGAAAGAACAGGAGAUUUUGUCUGUCUCUGAAAAUCUAAGUAUUAUAUUUUUGUUGGUUAUUAGAAGUUGAGCUGUAAUUCUGAUCUAUCCCCAUCAUAUGGGCUAUAUUAAGGAAUAUACUUAAUCUGAGUUUGCAUAGGAAAGCUUCUAAAAUUAGAUGCUCUAAACUUUGUUUAUUGUUGCAAAUAUCAUCAGUGGAGUAGCUGAGCUAUUGUAUUUGUCUUGUAAAUAAUGUUAGUACAGUUGCAUUACCUUUUAAAUUAUCACGUUAAACUGACCUGUAAAUGUACACAUCCUGUAGUGUGAGUACCCUGCGGAACUGGAAGUAUCAAUUAUUUAAAAUAUUUUAACUACUGUAGGUGUCUGAUCCAGAAUUUGAUCAUUAUUUAGAUUUGGCUUAGAAGAACGUAAGUUUCAGCCUUUGCAGUAUAAUACAAAUAUUUCCAACUUGGGCUGUUCAAAAAACCUUUCCACAGCAUGAUGCAGCCAACGCAGAACCAGCUAGUGAUGGUAGUAGCAGUAUUCAACCAACAUGUAAAAAGAAAGUAAUAUUGUGGAGGUGCUUCUGUUUCUUAGGGCAGCUGAAUGACAACUUAGUUAAAAAAUGUUUGAUUUCUAAGCAACGGUCACAAACUUCAAAAUCUGUUUCCUCUACAGCUGACACUAGAUUAUAUUAUAUACAUAACAACCAUCUCUGAAGCUAGUGAGGGAAGUUGUGGGUGCGUUUUGGGUGUGGUGCACUACACUAACAUGGAAGUGGUGUUUUUGGGUUGAGUUCAGUUUUGGAGAAACCAGAUUUUAGAAAUGAACUGUAAAGAGGGAUGGGAAAUAGAAUAAUGAGAUCAUUAAAAAGGUACAUACUUGAAUCUGUGUCACUAAGUCUACAUGAGCUUGAUCCAAGUGUCAAUUUAAGUGUUACUCACAUUUCUUUGUGACUUUACCUUUCUGUGAGGAACAAUGGAAGUGGGGCACACACCUGGUUCUGGAGAUCCCGAGGCAAAUGGUUGACUCAUUUCUACAACAGCUCAGUUAAUCGUGACUCUUAACUACUUGGCUAUCACAUGAUUGACAGCUUUACACAAGGCAACUGUUCACCGUUUUACUUCAUGUACGGUUUUAUGACCAAAUUAAUACGCUUUUGUAUGCCUACUUACAGAGUAUGCAAAAUGGUUCUCAUGUUACUUUCAGACUUUCAACUUGUAUAUACAAGAAGAAUUUGAAUUAAUUAGAAAAUACAUUAAGAUGAUUGUAUGUGCUAAUGGUUAAAGUUAUUUUAAAAUAAUCAGCAUCAAAAAAGCAGCUUUAAGGAUUUUUUUUAAUUAACAAAAGACACUUAAGUAAUUACUCCAACUAUAAAACAUAAUGGAAAAUUUAUGACUUCUUUUGAUACAAACUAACAAAUUAAAACACAUUGUAAUGGUUUAGUCCAGCUUUGUUUAUUUGGCAAUCUUAUAAAAGAAGCUUUCAGUUUUUACAGUGUAUCAUGAAUGUUAUUGAGAUGUUGAUAUUCUGAUUGUAUGAUUAAAUUCCAUUGAAACUGGUGACGCUGUUUUGAGGUGGAGUUCUCCUACAUAGAAUUAUUUGGCAUACACCAGAUAU